AUGGCCUAUAUACAAAACAGUUCGAGCUCUUCGACUAGACGAUCAUUACGUUUAUUAACAGCUGAACGUAAAUCAACAAUUACGACGACAAACGAAUCUACUAAUAUCGACGUAGAAGAAGAAGAAGGAGAAGAAUUACAACCAAUAGCACGUCAAGCAAAAUUUAAAGCACUUGAAGCUAUAUCAAUAACUAAUAAUAAUAAUAAACGUCGAAGUGAACCUGAAUUAGAUAUUGAACAAAAUAAUAUUGAAAAACAAGAAUUAGAAGAAUAUCCAACAAAUUCUAAUAAUAAUAAUCGAAAACGUACACAUUCAAAACAAGCAGCAUCAUCAUCAUCAUCUCAUCAUAGUAUUCGUCAUGUAUCAAAUACUAUAAGACGUCGUAAACGAAAUAAAAAAUCAACAACACGUAUUGAUAAAUUAUCAUUAAAAACAGUAAAACGUCAACGACAAUUAUCAUCUGACGACGACGACAACGAUAAUAAUAAUCAUUUAUCAAUACAAACAAAAUCAAAAAAAAAUUCAACAUCAAUAUUAAUUAAUCGUACACGUUCAAAAUCAAAUUUAAGAAAACAAAAUAAUUCAAAUAGUGAUUUAGAACAACAACAACAAAGUGAAAGUAUAAAUACGGGAAAUUUUUGUACUAGACAAGAAUCAGGUGAACAAGAACUUCAUACUGUUGUAAGUGAUCCUUUAACUACAAAUACUCGACGAUCACGUGCAAAUAUUCAUCAUCGUCGAUAUUCAAAUAAAACACCUAUUGAUUAUUUGACAACGGGUCAAUCGUCUUCUAGUCGUUCGUCGGUGCCUGUCACCAACACCGGCGGUAUUGACAAUCGACCGUGUGACACAAAUAGCAGUUUACCAUCAUCAACACAUCCUUUACAUUUAUUUAAUUCACCUGCAUAUUAUCAACAAACUGCAUCUCCUCCACCAUCAUCAUCAUCUGCUCAAUCAUUUUCAGGUGUUGUUCCAACAGCAUCAUAUAGUUCAUCAUUUCUUGCUAGUACAGCAUCAGCAAGUACACAUCGUAAUACAAAACAAUCAUUACCAAUGUCAACUGAAAGUGAUACAGAUCCAGAAAAUAAUAUUGGACAUAUGAGUCCAUCACCACGUGAUGUUUUAUCGGAUCCAGCAUUUGCACGUGCUGCUGCUGCUGCUGCAGCUGCUGCUGGUGGUCCAACAAGUGCAGCACUAUUUCAUACAUUAUCAGGUCGUGUUCAACAUUUAAUGAGUCGAGUUGGUGGUAGUAGUUCAGUAAAUGCUAUUAAUGGACGUUUACAACAAUAUAUUCAAGGAAUACAAUCACCUGAUCCUGAUGUUCGAUUAACAACACUUAAUGAAUUAUGUUCGCUUCUUGUCAUGAGCAAUGAAGAAACAUUACCCGGUUUUCAAUUUCGUGUUCUUUAUCCAUCAUUACGUGAUUGUUUAGCCGAUGAAAAUGAAGCUAAUGCUGAAAUUGUUUUAACAGCAUGUCGAGCAUUAACUUAUCUUAUGGAAGCAUUACCACGUUCAGCAGGACAAAUUGUUGAAGCAACACCAAUAUUUUUAAGCAAAUUACGAAGUAUAACAUCAAUUGAUAUAGCCGAACAAGUUUUAACAGCAUUAGAAAUGAUUUCAAAACGAAAUGGCAAACAAAUUCUUAUUGCUGAUGGUAUUAGUGCAUGUCUUGAAUAUAUUGAAUUUUUUUCAAUAACAUCACAAAAUAAAGCUCUAUCAAUAGUUGCUAAUUGUUGUAUACAUAUAUUAAUACGUAAUGAUUUUAAUUAUAUACGUGGACAUUUAGAAAAUCUUUCAAAUCGUUUACGUUCGGAUGAUAAAAAAACAGUUGAACAUGUUUGUACAAUAUUUUCACGUUUAGUUGAAAAUUUUCAUCGUGAUUCAUUAAUAUUACGUGAAAUAGCAUCAAUACAAUUACUUAAAACAAUGCAAACAAUGCUUGUUAUACAACCAACAUUAUUAAAUAGUAUAACAUUUGUUAGUAUUAUUCAUAUGUUAUUUAUUUUUUCGGCAUAUUGUCCAAUACUUGCUGUUACAUUACUUAAAAUGAAUAUAGCUGAAACACUUAUAUGUUUAUUAACGGGUACAAAUGAAAAUAAAUCAAUAAUAAAAACAAUUCCAAUAACAUAUAAAUCAGCAGCAUUAUCAACAAAUGAAAUUAUAUCAAUGAAUAUAACAUCAAUACAACAAACAAAUAAUAUUGAACUUAUAUCACGUACACCACAAGAAUUAUAUGAAAUUGUUUCAUUAAUUGGUGAAAUGAUGCCACGUUUACCAAAUGAUGAUCCAUUAUUUCAAAUUGAUCAAUUAUUUCGUCGUAAUAUAUUAUCACAUAGAGCUUAUGAUGCUAGUUCAAAUGGUUAUGUUCUAUGGCAUUGGCAAGAUGAUCAAGGUCAAUUACGUCCAUAUUCAUUACAAGAUUCUCGUACAAUAGAACAUGCUUGGCAACAACAUGAAGAAGAAGUUCAAUUAAUAAUAUCUGGUCGUCAUUAUCUCAUUGAUUUACAACAAUUACAACAAAUUAAUGAAGAAACAAAUCAAGCACGAUUUAUUAAACGUAUUGUUACACCUGAUACAACCGAAGCAGCAACAACAACAACAACAAUAGCUGAUUCAAUUGAUGAAUCAACAAAUACAAAUCGUCAAUUAACAACAACAAAUAAUUCUUCCGAUGCUCGAACUGAAAUGAUGAAAGAUAAUAUUGAAUUAUAUAGUUCAUUUAUACAAUCAUUAUUUAGUGUUCUCUAUGAAGUAUAUAAUUCAUCAGCUGGUCCAGCUGUAAAACAUCGUUGUUUACAAGCAUUACUUCGUAUGAUAUAUUAUUGUCCAUCGGAUUUACUUGAAAUAAUAUUAAAACAACAAUCAAUAUCAUCACAUAUAGCUUCAAUGUUAGCAUCAUCUGAUUAUAAAAUUGUUGCAUGUGCUUUACAAAUGGCUGAAAUUCUUAUGAAAAAAUUACCACAAAUAUUUUCAAUUUAUUUUUAUCGUGAAGGUGUUGUACAUCAAAUUGAAAUUCUUAUUGGUUUUGGUAUAACAUCAUCAUCAUCAUCAUCAUCAUCAAAUACAUCAUUAAUACGUCAUCAUAAUCAUACAAGUGGUAGUCGUAGUCAACUUGAUCUUGUUCAUUUAAAUGAUAAUAAUUCAACAUUACAAAUUGAAUCAUUAGAUGAACAAUUACGAAAAACAAAUACACGUCGUUAUUAUACAACAGCAACAACUAGUGAAAUACAUCCAUCAACAAGAAUUGAAACACGUUCACAACGUGCACGUCUACCAAAAACAUCAACACGUACAAUGUUUGAAGAAUUUUCAUCAUCAACAAGACCUAUAUUAAAUCGUACAACCGGUGCAUCAUUUUCAACAGGUACACUUGAUAUUAAUUUUGGUCGUGGUCGUCCAACACGUGGUCAUAUUGGAUCACCUGUUCUUUUUCGACCAACAUCAAAUUUUGAUCCAUCAACAUAUUAUCCUCGACCACCUAUUUAUGUUCCAUCACCAUAUGCAUAUGCAUCAAGUGUACCAACAGCUGCUUCAUUAAUAAAUCCUGUAACAACAACAACAACAACAACAACACAACGACAAACACAAUUAAUAUUAUCAUCACAAGAAAAACUUAAAUUAAAAGAAUGGAUACAAAAUCAAGCUAAACAUUUUCGUACAAAUUAUUUUUCAAAUAAUUCUUCAACAUCAAAUAUAGCUUUACAAAUAAUAAAUCGUUUAGCAACAGCUGUUGAUAUAUUACAUGUUGGGAAAGAUCAACAAGAAAAUGGUAAAGCAUUACGUGAUAUAGCAAAUAUUAUAGCUAAAGGUGAUGUAUCACCAUUUGAAAUGGUACAUAGUGGUUUAAUAACAAAAUUAAUUCAAUAUUUAACUGAUGAUAUAACAAUAAUAAAUAAUCGAACAGAAAGAUUAAAACAAUUUUUAAAUAUAUUUAUGAAUAUACCAUUAGAAAAUGAACAAGAUUAUGAUAUUAAAUUAAAACAAUAUAUUAUUGAACUUUAUCAAUUACAAUUUAAUCAUGGAAAAAAUUAUCAUCAUAGAAAUGAACAUAAUAUUUUAAGUCAUUUAAUUAAUAAAUUACAUGGAUGUAUUAAUCAACUUGAACAGUUUCCAAUACGAAUCAAUGAUAUUGCUGGUCGACCAGCUCAUAGUUCAGCACUUCGUUUAAUUACAACACAUCAAUUAAAAUGUAAUCUUAUUCGUCAUCCACAAUGUAAAACACUUAAACAAUGGAAUAGUGGUCCGGUGAAAAUAGAUCCACUUGCACUUGUAUCAGCUAUUGAAAAAUAUUUACUUCUACGUGGUAUUGCUCAUAGUACAAUUGAUGAUCCAUCAAAUACACUUGAUGAUGAUGAAAGUGAAGUAUCAAAUGAAUCUGAUGCUGAAGAUGUUAUUAAUGUAUUAACACGUUCAUCAACAAUGAGACUUGAAUUUUUAAUUAAUGAUCAUAUUAUUCCACAUAAUAUGACUAUAUAUCAAGCUGUUCGAUUAUAUAGUAUACCAACACAACGAACAGCUGAUAAUGAAUCUGAAACUGAUACAGAUGAAUCAAUAUUUUCUUCAUCAACAAUAUGGACACGUAUACAUACAAUAAAUUAUCGUCAAGCAACAAAUUCAUUAUCAACAAUUAAUACAUCUAAUAUAACAACAAUAUCAUCAUCAAAUCGUAUACGACGUACAAUAAAUACACAAAAUUUAACAAAAAAAACAAUAAAAAAUUCAAAACGUUCAUCAAUAAUAUCAACAAUUGAUGAAUUAUGGUUAAAUGGACAAUGUAAAAAAUCAAAAUCAUUAUUAAUAUCAAUAUUAGAUGAAUCAUUAUUAUCAAUAUUAACAAUAAAUGAUUUAUCAUUAAAUGCAAUAUAUCUUUUACGUAUAUUAAAUUGUUUAAAUCUAUAUUGGUAUGAUUUAUAUAUAAAUACAAAUACAAUGUAUAAUAAUCAAAAUUCAUUAUUAACAUUAAUAUCAAAAAAUGAAUUUUUAUCAGCAAAAUUAACAUCAAAAGUUAAUAGACAAUUACAAGAUCCUGUUGUUAUUAUGAUGGGACAAAUACCAUUAUGGAUAACAGAAAUGGGUUAUUCAUGUUUAUUUUUAUUUCCAUUUGAAACUCGACAAAUGCUUUUUUAUCCAUGUGCAUUUGAUCGUGAACGUGCAAUGCAAAGACUUUUAGAUAGUUCAGAUAUGUUAACACAACAACAUAAUAAUGAUCAAACAGAUAGACAAUCAAUUAUACCGAGAAUUGAAAGAAAAAAAAUACAAUUAUCAAGAAUUAAUAUUCUUUUUGAAAUGGAAAAAAUUCUUGAUAAUUGGAAUUCAAAACAUUUUCUUGAAGUUCAAUAUGAAGAUGAAGUUGGUUUUGGUCUUGGACCUACACUUGAAGCUUAUUCAUUAUUAUCAAAAGAAUUACAAAAAAAUGGUUUAGAAUUAUGGAGAACUGACAAAAUUUUUGAGUCAACAAAAGAUAAAGAUACAAUACUUUCUGAAUAUGUUGAUACACGUAAUGGACUUUAUCCUGCACCACUUGGUCGUAAUGCAAAAGCAAAUAUUGUUACAAAAAUUCGUCAAAAAUUUAAAUUUCUUGGUAAAUUUAUGGCUAAAGCACUUAUGGAUUCGAGAAUGAUUGAUAUGCAAUUUAGUAUUGUUUUUUAUAAAUGGUUAUUAAAUCAAGAAGAAACAUUAAAUUUUGAAGAUCUUAUUCAUGUUGAUAUUAAUUUAUAUGAACAAUUUAAAAAAUUUCAAUCUAUUAUAAAUAUACGUAAUAAAUUAAUAAUACAAUAUAAUAUAACAAAUCAACAAAUAACAAAUAAAUUAAAUAAUACAAAAAAAUAUUUUAAAACAAAAGAUGAUUUUCAAAUAGAAAAUUUAACAUAUACAAAUAUAUUUGAUGAAAAUGAUGAUAGAUUAUUAUUUGAUGGUUGUAAAAUUAAUGAUUUAUCAUUAGUUUUUACAUUACCUGGUUAUUCAAAUAUUGAAUUAAAAAAAGGUGGAAAAGAUUGUUUAGUUACAAUUGAAAAUCUUGAUCAAUAUGUUAAUUUAGUUGUAUAUUGGACAUUAGUUGAAGGUGUUCGACGUCAAUUUGAAUCAUUCCGUGAUGGAUUUAAUUCCAUAUUUCCUAUUCAACAUUUAAAAUGUUUCUAUCCUGAUGAACUUCAUCAAGUAUUUUGUGGUAGUGGAUCAACUGAUUUAUGGGAUUUAAAAGUUUUAAUUGAAUCAACUCGUUGUGAUCAUGGUUAUAAUAUAAAUAGUCGAGCAGUUAAAUGGCUUUUUGAUAUUAUGAUUAAUUUUGAUAUUGAUGAACAACGAGCAUUUUUACAAUUUGUUACUGGUAGUCCACGUUUACCUGUUGGAGGUUAG